GACCUGUGUAAAGAUUAUCAGGUAGAGAUUCCGCAGUGUAAACCAUUGUCACCUGGAGAGAUUCUGGGCUGCACUGCUUCUAGAAUAAAACACAAGGAUGCAUUCAUGUAAGAAAAUUAUUAAGCAAAACAAGGAAAUAAUUAUGUAAUUUAGUUCAUUAUGAAUUUAAGAAAACUGCACCAACUCUUUCAUAGAAAGUAUUCUUAAACAAAUUGAAUAUUCUUUUGAAAAUCUUUCUUAUUAUUUGUAUUGGCAAAUCUAGUUGUAAGUACUGUAGUGGUUUAGUUUCAUUAAAAAUUUGCACCAUUAGAUCUGAAGCUAUUUGCUUAUAAAUAAUAAUAAUACAAUUAUUUUGAUGUUAGUGUGGAGAAUUUGGUACUGGAUGAACUACAACUACCCUAAUUGAUAUUUUCCUUUAGUUCAUCACUUGUCUGCUUGAUAUUGUAUUGAUAUUGUAAGGAGAAAUUCUCUCUUGGUCACUCAUAGGAGUGAAAGGGUUAAUCAUUUAAUUGGGUGGAAAUUGAGUAAAAGUGUUAUCAAAAACUAAAUUAGGAAACAGAUAAGUGGGUGUUAUGUUUUUGAUUAAUGUGUUAUUAUUGCAAUUAUUCCUAAUUAAAUGCUUGUUUUGUCACUGUAUUUACCAUUUUGAUUAUAAGCAGCAGCUAUCAUUUAGGCACAUGCCACCGACCACAGCAGGUACUUGUUUCAAUUUUUUCACUGGAAUGAUCUUUAAACUUAAACUUUUUUUUAGUUACUUAGGUGAUGGAAGGUUCCAUCUAGAGGCUGUCAUGAUUGCUAACCCAUCUACACCAGCAUACAUGUACACGUAGAGAACCUCAAAAGGCAGAUUUCUUUACGUGUACCAAAUAGCCUUGCCUUGCAUAACACGUAGCUUCAUAUUAUUUCAGGCAGCACAGAUUGAGCCAUCAUUGAAGCCUGAUUUUUCAGAUCUCUUUCGUGUAAUUCUGUGAAUAAAAAUUCAUCACUUUUUCGAUUAAAAAAUUCUUUGUCUCUAGUAAAGGCAUACUUACUGUGUAGACAGAGUGCGAUGCCCGUCUUUUCCAGUGUUUUCCCUAUGCCCUCACUAAAACAGACCCCCUACCGCCUUGUACGCUUUGGAUUGUUAGAUAUUGUAUACCUUUCUGGGCCUUUGAGACACACAACUUUGAACUAAAAUUCUACUGCACUUUCGCUUUCAUCGCAGAUACGAUCCCUACAGCAAAGUGUUUUCCAGGGAAUAUUACGAUAUUGA